GGGAUGUAGUUUUUUUGUGUAUGGGGAAAACAAAGAGGAGAGGAAAAGGACAAAAAAAAUACUUGGAAGUUGUGCAAUAGUUGCAGUAGUGGUGGUAUGUAGAGGCUAUGACGUCAUAUGUAGAGACGGUGGCGAAGGCGAUGGUGGUGACGGUGGCGUGAAAAGGUAUGACGGGGAGAAAGAGAGACGUAUCUGA